AUGAGAAGAUGGUCCACACAUCUGUCAAGACGUAAUAGAGUUGCCACAAUAUUGUUGCAUAAGAAGGAGGUAUGUAGGCUAAUACAACAGGUGGAUUUUGAAAAAGCCCAACAGAAGAAACUGGAAAAGGAUACUAAAAGAACACAGACUUUGCUAAAAGAAGAAAAACUAAAACAUCAACAAUUUGUUGUAUUGCUUGUGAAAGAAAGAAAAAGACUUGCUUCUAAGCUUAUAGAAGAGAGACAGAAAAACAGAGAACUGUCACAACAGCUGGAUAUGGAGAGAGGUGAAGUGAGAAGCAUGGCAGAGGGAUUGAUGCAAGAGGGUAAAAAAUCACUCAAAAUGGAGGCAGAGAUGGAGAAAUAUCUGUCAGAGUUUGACAUUGAGAGAGAACAAUUAAAAGCUAAGCUUCAUCGAGAGGAAAACAGGACUAAAGAGUUACGUGAUGAAGUCAGUAAAUUGAAACAUCAAAUUCUUGAACUUGAGGAACAGUUGAGGAAAAGUGAACAUCGGAUACGAGGGCGUGACAAUCAAAAAAGCAGUGUUACCAGUAUUAGUAUGGUUAGUAGUGUAAAGGACCAAGGAAAAAGCAGGUCAGACCCAGGAAUGACUGAUAGUAAAUGUGAUAAGAGAUCAGUUGGUGCAACCUCACCACGUCCUUCAAAAACGUCGUACACACCUACAAAACCAGGUAGUUCCUAUAGUAUACGUACUGUUGAGGAUGAAUCAGGCAAGAUUGAGGUCAAAUUCACCCCUAAAUCUGGCAAGACUGGAAUACCAGUGAAACAUGAAGGAAAUUCCACUAAUGCAGCAGUUGCACAAGGGAAACCAACUGUCCCUGUCCGGUUAAAUACAUCACCUACAUCACCAACUAACCCAAGCUCAGGGAAGAAAAGUCCUGUUAAUCCUCGGGGAACUCCUCCCCCUGUUCCACCGAACAAACCUGUGUUCAGCCCUCUUAGCUCUUUUAAAAAGGAUGCUAAUAAAAACUCACCACCUGCUGCAGUUCGCCCAGAUUCUCUUGUAGAAGCCCGUAAACAGUUUUAUGCUAGUAAAUUUGGUGCUGAUGGUAAUAUUGAUAAUAGACAACUCAGCAAUGCUAAUGACAGUAUCGGGGAAGGUGAUCAUAGCCCGGUUUCAAGCCCAGACAGUACAUCCUCUGGCAGUUCAACAUCAUCUGUUGUAAUGCGACCCUCCAAAUCGACAAGCCCUGGGAGUGAAACUGGCUGGGAAGCUGCCAGUUUAACCAAUGCAACUGCCACAAUGUCUGAUACUGAAAAUAGAAAUGAUACCAAUGUGACUGACAUCGAGCAGAUCCUAGUCAAUAUGACAUCAGGUAAAAUACAGAAAACAACUCUAGCUUGAGUUUCAAUGUUCUCUACACCCCUCCUCUACAUCUACAUCAACUAAUACCAUCAUAUUAAAAUUAGCAUUAUACAGUUUACA